AAAUGUUUUCAUUGUUGGCAGUGCUGGGCACCGAGGCUCCUGCUCUGCGUCUGAGGGUGCUGCCAGCCUGGAUCCGUGCAUUGUGUCCCCGGAGGUGACUGAGCCAAGCAAAUGCCCACAGGAAGCCAGGGGCCCAGAAGGUUCUCCACUGCCCCGCCCACCAGUGCCCUGGGAGCAGGCGUGCCCCUCCGCCUCCAUGCCCUUUGCCCAGGGCCCCCUGGAAGCUUGCCUGGCAAGCCCAGUAGCAACACCUGAAGAUUGGCCCCUCAUUCAACACCCCAGGAGGGAACCUUCCCCAGAUGCCCGUGGGGAGGCCCCCAAAGCGUCUGUCCCUGAAGGGGGCAGUUCUACUCAGUGCAGCGUGGACGCUGUCGUCCCCAGUGCCGGGCACACAUUGUCUGCCUCCAGCCGCACUGACCAGUCGCCGGGGGUUUCACCAGCACCUCCCCAAGAGCUGAGGAAAGGACAGCUGUGUGAAAAAGAUGGCCAGCCUGGUGAUUUCGAGUCCCAAGGGAAUGAGGCUGCAGGUGGCCUUCCCCUGGCAGAGUCCAGGCAGGGGGCGGCUCCUGUGCCAGAGGCCCCGCAGGCCCCUGCUGCCGCUCAGCCAGGCAGGGCGAGCUCACCUGCCCUGGAGGAGUGCCCCGCAAAACCUGAGACCCCGACUCCACCAGAGCCAGCCCCCGGAGCCUCAGGCAGAGACGGAUGCCAAGUGGAGGUGCCGCCUCAGGCUUUCGCCGCCAGCUCGGGAUUCCUCGGGGCCUGCCAUGCCACCAGGGGCCCUGCAGGGGCUGCCCAGGAAGCCGACACAAAUUCCCAGGAAAGCAGCCAGCAGCAAAUGGGAGCCCAUCUGACGCACGUCGAGCUGCCCUGGGAUUCACAGAGUCCUGGCCCGGCACCCAGGGCCGGGGGCUCUGGGAAGGAGACCGUGGGGGCCGGCGGUGCUCAGGGUCGCUGGCAGGCAGGGGACCCGGGAAGCGAGCCCAGCACAGCUGUCCCUUCCGUAGCAGGCAACCAGCCCGGAGGGGCUUCGCUUGAGAGCACAGAGCCCUCCCCACGAGCCCUGAUGGAGGACACACGUCCAGCUUCAGGCUCCACCUUAUCACCAGCUGCUCAGGCCUCUGCUGCUGCAGAAGGAUCCAGCUGGUUGACCCAGGAGGUGGUUUCCGGGGCUGAGAUGCCAGUUCUUACGGAUCUGGCCAAAGAGUUAGCAGAUGCAGGGUUGGCAGGACGGGAGAAGCUCGCAUCUGAUCUCAGAAGGGAGGGAGAGGGUCUAGGAGAGAACUGUGCAGAGGGUCCUGCCCCUUUGCCCCAGGACGACAGGGGAGAGGUCUCAAUGAGGGACCAGAAAAUCCAACAAGGAGUACUGUCCCCUGCCCCAACCAGUGUAUCAGACGAAAGGGCCAGAAGCUCACUAGGGUCGAAGGAUGAAGCCAUGAUCCCCGAAAGCCCAGCUGUGGCUGAGGAGAAGAGCAGACUAUCGGAGGCAAACUCUAGGGGACAGGAAGAAGUCCCAGAGGCACUUGACAGUAGAGAUCCUGAGAAGCCCUGGGGAGAGCAACCUGGGGCCUUAGGCUGCAAGCCCAGCCUGGAGGUGGAAAAAGAGGAGGUUUCAGAGCUAAGCCAUGAUGUGGACAGCAAAGUGCAUUCCGGCACUGACUCAGCACAGCCACCCAGAAAGGAGGGUCCCGGGCACACCGAUUGGCCUGGCUCUCCAUCAGAAGACACAGUGUGGAGCUCAGUGACCUGUGGGAUGAUGGGAGAAGCCCAUGGGGUCCAUGCCUCUGGCUCACUGCACAAGCUCCCCGAGAAGGAUCUCGCCCUGCCCCCUGGGCCAGAUGGAACUGGUGAACACAUUCUUCCCAGAGAAGCUGCCUGGGAGGGGCCAGGAUUGCAGACCCAGUGUCCCGACACCCUUCGGGACGCGGGGGGAUUAGAAAGAAUAGACUAUCUUCCUGCUUUAGAAACUGAGAAAUCAGGUUUCCUGUCAACUUCCGCGGCAGAGGUCAUCCCCAAAGCCCAGGAGGCGGAGAGCCCAUCUGACACAAAGAUGAGGAGCCGCCCAUCUGCGCAGAGGCCCAGCAGCUGUGCCAGGGAGGGCUUGCUGACAUCCCCGGGCCAACCUUGUGGGCUGGGGCGUGAGGCAGCUGGUCAGGAAAUCCAUGCUGAUGGGCCAUAUUCCCCCGAGGGGGAGAAUUUGGCAGUGGACUGUGGGCUUACGAUGCUCAGCCUGGAGCAAGAUCAGCAGGGAAACCCGUCCUGCCUAAGGGAAAACUGGACACAAGUAGCUGCUUCUGAGGGGCCCCCGGUAUCUUCUGAGAACCGUCUCCAGCCAUUGCAAUCAGAACCAGAAGCAUCCAUGUCUGACAUGCUCGGGGAGAAGCCCCAGCAGUGUGAAAAUGAGAAAGAGACUUAUGCAGGUGGUUUAGGCUUUAAGAACCUAGACACAGAUGCUUCUCCAACCCACCUACCUGUGGAACCUCUGGCAGAUGUGUGCUUGCCCACUCACGGGAGAGAGGAACAAGCUUCCAGAUCAGAACGUCACGGGGAGCUCCCCAAAGGCAGCCUGUCUGAUGCGCCCGGUUCGGCUCCCAGGGACGUGGUUCCAGAGAGUCCUGCGACAGAGCAGCCAAAACUGUCAGCAGCAAUAGGACCUGAGUUGUCUGCGCAAGGGCAGAAUGAGCAAGAGGGAGAAUGCAGUGACAGCCUGCCUUCCAGAGUCUUGCCGCCUGCAGCAGAGGCCUCAAAAGACUCUCCUCUUGCAGGUCACUUGGGCAGAGAGGAGAGUUGCUGUGCACAGCAGGGGCCCAACAAGUCCCAGCAGGAACUGGCAGAUGGGUCGCGAGCCAGCAGCCAGCAUGAAGAAGCAUGUCUCAGGGAUGCAGAACUUUCUGAAGCAGCUGACGCUCAGCCCCCGCUCCAGGGGUUGGGUAAGACAGAGAAGGCAAGUGGGAACACAGUGGGGACCCCACCUUGUCGGCCUGACUCAGUCGCUCUCCUGGAUGCGGCUCACGGCCCGCCAGGCCCGGCGCCUGCCAGCCUUAGAGGCACACCCAGCCAGGAUGCCCCAGACAGAGAGGCGUAUGGGGAGACGCAGGGAGGCAGGCAGCAACCUGUGCCGGCCCCACAGAAGGACAUGGAGCACCCCACCGCCUCGGAUGCGGAGGCCCCAAGGCUCCUUGGAAGUUUCGCAGCGGCAGAGGAUCGAGGUGCAGAUGGUGGGGCUGCCGAGACUGCUGGGAAUGCUGAGGAAGGGGACCUGGGGGUGCAGCGGGCUCUGGAGGGGCCUGCAGAAGCUUCUCUGAGUGGUGGCUCCCUUCAGACUGAGCAGCACGCCUCCCCUGAGAAGGAAGCUUCUACCUUUGCCCGGGGUGAGCCAAGCCAAGCAGAGCAGCUUUCGGCCGGCGGCCAGGGGGCCUUGUUACCAGCCGGAGAGCUGGGGGGGAUUCCCAGGAGCAAGGUGGAUAUUCCUGCAGCCCAGGCUGUCCCCAACCCAAAGAAACCCCUGCCACCUGGGCCACCAGAAGAGGCUACUCCAGACACUCCUUACCUGCAUAUAGAUGGUGCUGCCGGGAAGGGGGCAGGCCCUUGUCCCAUAGAAGAGCCCCUGCCGGCCUUGGAAAAUACCACCUCCAUGAAGCUUUCCGCUGGCCUGCUUGCCCCUCUCUCACAACCAGGGGCGGCCAGCGGGGAGGUCUCUGUGGUGCAAGCAAGCAGUGGAAGCCCCAGAGCUGGAAACGCUGAGGGACCCGCGGACUCCAUCCCCUACCUGGACAGGGCGCUGCUUCUGACCAAGAGUAAGCAGAUGACAGGGGAGGAGGAGGAGGAGGAGGCCAGAGCUCCUGGUGCAGACCCGGAGCCCGGUGGGCCACCAGCGCGCCCCGCCAGCGAGGAAAGCAUGGCAGGUGAAGCAGCAAAGGAGCCAGAGGGCUUCAGGGAGAGGAUGAUAGAGCCUUCCAAGGAUCCGAGGAGGGGCGCCUCGGGUGGUGUGGACGCAAGCUCCAAGCAGAUGGGCAUGAUCACUGGGUUCCCUGACUUCAGGGAGCACAUCACCAAGAUCUUUGAGAAGUCUGUGUUCAGAGCCCUGACCGCUGAUCGGCCCCAGAGUGCGGCGGGAGCCGAGGGGAGUGUGAGGGGCAAGGACCUCGUGGGGCCACACCCAGAGAAGCCUCCAGAUGGGGCUCAAGGAGUGGCCAUCGCCCCUCUCCCCGACCUUCCUGCUGGACUCGGGGUGGAUGCAAAGGAGAAGAAGCAAGAGUUGCCUACAGAGGCUGAGCUCCCCUGUCUGGUUCCCCAGGAUCCCGCUCCAGGAAGGCCGCCGGGUCUGGCGGCACCAGCCGCAGAGCCAAACCUGCCAGGUGCUGGCGUGGGGAAGGAGAUGACCGGUGUCCCACAGACUGCGCAGGAGAGUGAGAAGCCAGAGGGGGCUGGGGAGGCCGGGCUGGGGCUUGGAGGCCAGGCCCCCUCACAUCAGGGCGGGGGCCAGCAGGAACUAGCCUUGGGUCCUUCCCUGCCCGCAGCUGUUCUGGAGACUCCCGUGGAAAAAGCUGCGGGCUUCCAGGUGGAUCCCCAGAGCCACCGAGAAGGGGCCUCGGUUCCAGAAGACAGAAUUGCUCCUGGGAUAUACCCCCAGGAGACAUCCACUGGCGACAGUCAACCCAGAGAGGAUGGUGCCUGGGGCUUUGCUCACACAGGGGGUCCGAGUGACAUGCCAGUGUCCACCUCUGCCCUGACAGCAUCUUCUCCCCAUGGGGGUGUUGCGACUGUGGCCGAGGCCAUCCGUGAGCCCUGGACCCCCGACACCGUCGGGGGGGAGCAGAGGUGUGGAGGUGGAGCUCCUGAGCUACAGGCUGAGCCAGCAGGAGCCACUCCCAUAGAGCCCGGCUCGGUGGCAGGAGCUGCUGGGGAAGCGGAGGGUGACGUCACCUCGAGCACAGCUGAGACCGGGGCGCGUGUGGCUGGUGACCCGCCCGAGACAGGUACUACGAGGAUGUUCUCUGGUGCUGCUCAUGGGGACGCAGGCUGCUCUGCUGGGGCCCCAGGCACGGAGGAUGCAGCCACUCUGCGAGGGGCCAGCCCGGCCAUGCACCUGCUGGCUGAGGAGCAGCCCAGGCCUGAGCCCCCCACUCCUGCUGGGGGCGGGAAGCUGCGAGUCUCUUCACCUCCGGAACCUGACGAGCUUCGGGACCCGAAGCCCCAAACCCUGGCUCUGGGAGUGCUCCACCCUGAAAGAAGAAGCUCUGGGCCUGGCCCAUCCACCUUACCUUCAGUUCCUGAGAAGGAUGCUCCAGAUGCCCCAGGCGAGGUCACCUCAGAUGAGGCCAGAAGUGCGGGAGGAGCAGAAAGGUCACAUGUAGCGGGUGACGUCAUCCAGCCAGCUAUCCUUGAGGACCCGGAAAACCCACCGUUAGCUGCCUCUUCACACCAUGGUGAUGCCAUCAGCCAGGUCUCCAGGGAUCUGACAGCCCAGAGGUACAUGGGGGCUGGGUCUGCAUUUGGUGGUGAGACCCCGGGGCCCAGGCCCUGCGGCUGCCUCCCUCCUCUCCCCUCCCCUCGCCUGCUCACCCACCCCUACCUGGGUCUACAUGCCCCUCCUACACAGGGCUAG